AUGUCAGAAGAAAGUGACUCGCUGAGAACCAGCCCUUCUGCGGCCUCGCUUUCGGAAAAUGAGCUGCCGCCGCCUUCCGCCCCCGCCGGCUAUGUGUGCUCGCUGACCGAGGACCUGGUGGCCAAAGCCAGGGAGGAGCUGCAGGAGAAGCCGGAAUGGAGGCUCCGCGACGUGCAGGCCCUGCGGGACAUGGUGCGCAAGGAGUGCCCCCACUUGAGCACCUCGCUGGAGGACGCCUUCCUGCUGCGCUUCCUCCGCGCCCGCAAGUUUGAUUACGACCGGGCCCUCCAGCUGCUCAUCAACUACCACAGCUGCCGGAGAAGCUGGCCCGAAGUCUUCAACGACCUGCGGCCUUCUGCCUUGAAGGAGGUCCUGGCCUCCGGCUUCCUCACCGUCCUGCCGCACACCGACCCCAGGGGCUGCCCCGUCCUCUGCCUCCGCCCAGACAGGUGGAUCCCAAGCAACUAUCCAAUUACAGAAAACAUCCGAGCCGUAUACCUGACAUUAGAGAAACUCAUUCAGUCUGAAGAAACCCAGGUGAAUGGAAUUGUAAUUCUUGCAGACUACAAAGGAGUGAGCUUAUCAAAGGCAUCUCAUUUUGGCCCUUUUAUAGCCAAAAAGGUGAUUGGCAUCCUUCAGGACGGUUUCCCCAUUCGGAUAAAAGCAGUCCAUGUAGUGAAUGAACCUCGAAUAUUUAAAGGUAUUUUUGCCAUCAUAAAACCAUUCCUGAAGGAGAAGAUAGCAAACAGAUUUUUCCUUCACGGGUCUGACCUGAACUCUCUCCACACAAACCUUCCAAGAAACAUCCUCCCCAGGGAAUACGGGGGCACGGCUGGAGAGCUGGACAUCACCGCCUGGAACGCGGUGCUGCUGGCCUCAGAGGAGGACUUCGUGAGGGAGUUCUGCCAGCCCGCCCCUCCCUGUGACAGCAUCCUGGGCCAGGCCCUGCCACCCGAGGGGCUGAGCUCAGAGGCGCCCUGUGAUGACUCCAUGCGGGCUGUGAAAUCACAGCUAUAUUCCUGCUACUAG